UGACUUUUGAACUGGAUCAAUAGCGCCACCAAUCCAUUACCUUGACAACGAGCCGGCGGGUUUGUUUUUCAACUGACAGUUUUGUUGUUACUUCUUCGCUCUGUAGGCGCUUCUUGUAGUUUUGAACGUAAUUAGGAAGAACAAAAAAAGAUAAUUAUGUUUCCUGGAUAUACACAAGAGUACAUCGAACCUUCGACUGCACAAGAUCAGCGGUACAGCUUUAUUGCAGAAUGGUACGAUCCGCAAGCUGCAUUGAUACGAAGAUAUCAAUUUCUUUUUUAUCCAAAAGAUAACAGUAUAGAAAUGUAUGACAUCAAAAACAGGCGAAAGUUUUUAAGUCGAACCAAAUCUGACACUGUUAAAUUGGAAGACAUGUACAUUGGAAGUAAAAUUCAUGUCUAUUCUCGUCAACUAACUUUCGUGGAUUUUGGAGACAAUUUCACCGAAAGCAAAGUGGGAACAAAGAAUGAAAGAACACUUGCAAUCAUAAAGCCAGAUGCUGUGAAUAAAGUUGGUGUGAUCUUGAACCUCUUGAAAGCAAAUGAUAUUCAACCAUGCAGAGCAAAGAUGGUAAAACUUGUCAGGAAGAAUGCAUUGGACCUUUAUGAAGAACACCGAUCUCAACCUCAUUUCAAUACCUUGCUGGAUUAUAUGACAAGUGGCCCAGUAAUUGCAAUGGAAUUGAUGGGAUCCAAUGUAGUUAACCAAUGGAGAAGAUUACUUGGACCUGUAGAUUCUGGGAAAGCUAAAGAGAGCGAACCUGGAAGCAUUAGGGCCAAGUUUGGAACUGAUGGAGUAACAAAUGCAGCACAUGGAUCAGAAAAUCAAAACACAGCACAGAAGGAGUUGGAUUUCUUCUUUCCACCAAAUCGAAAUCCAAAAUUUGAAGGCACAGCUCGACUCAGAGAUUGUACUUGCUGUGUCAUCAAACCUCAUGCUAUAAGAAGUGGAAUUGAGGGAGAUAUUAUUGAAGUGAUUCAGAACGCAGGAUUCCAAAUAACAGCAUUACAAAUGUUCAAUGUUGAAACUGCAAACGGUGAAGAAUUUUACGAAAUAUACAAAGGAGUUGUCAACGAAUAUCAAAGCAUGGUGACUGAAUUGUGCAGUGGACCUUGCAUUGCUUUGGAAAUCACAGGUCAAGGAGAAGAAACUGCAUCCAAGUUCAGAGAACUUUGUGGACCAGCUGAUCCGGAAAUAGCAAGACAUCUCCGGCCGAAAACAAUUCGUGCUAUGUUUGGAAAGGAUAAAAUCCAGAAUGCUGUCCACUGCACAGAUCUUCCGGAAGAUGGCAUUCUAGAAGUGGAAUAUUUUUUUCGUAUUCUAAAUAGCUAGCUUAAUCGCAGUUCAUUUAUGUUUAACAAUUGUAAUGUAUUGGCACAGAUGAUAUUUUUGUACAAAUUGAAAAUAAGAUUUAACAUUAUUCACAGUC